CCAUCUUCAAGUCCUCAAGUGGUGCUUUGAUGAACCCUUACCGUACUCGGCGGAAACCUUCAGGCCUCCUCUACAACCAAACCUUACCCCAAGAGCACCGUCAAUUCUUCAAAUAGGUCUGCCCCCUUGUACUGCGGGCACAUCUGCGACGAGAUGUCUAUCCCAAAUGAAGCUCUACAAAAGCUGGUCCAAGAAAUUGAGACCCAGGCCAUAGCCGCUCAACAACAGAUCAACAUUGUCAGGUCCCAGAUAUCAGCCAAGCAGCGCGAAAUUCGCAUGCUGCAGCUCACUUCCAACGAGGUGUCCACACUCCCUCCCGAUACCAACGUGUAUGAGGGCGUGGGCAAAAUGUUCGUCUACAGCCCUAUAACCGAAGUUGACAAGAGGUUGUCCAGCGAAACAACAGAGUUGAAAUCAGAUGUCGAGAAUCUAGGAAAGAAGCUCCAGUAUCUUGAGACGACACAUAAGAAUAGCCGGGAGCACAUUGAUCAGAUCUUCAAGAGCGGGGGGCGCGCAUGAUGAAGCUGCAGGAAAAUAGGAGCCUGGGUAGAUUGGGGAUGAUGGGGCGGGAUGGGGAGGGAUGGACAUGUGCCAAACUGGCGGGUGUGUCAGAGAGGGCAAGAAGAACAAGUCAGGGGCUUUCUGUCCGCGACAUGGCGUGGAUUUGUCCCGAGUAGGGCGAUUUGCCGGCCCGUUUCACCACGGUUCAUCCGUGAGCGAGUAUCAUGUGUUAUAUACCCAGUGUCGUGACAUUUGCCCUCGAAAAUGUUGGGGUCGCAGUACAGGACCCCAAACAGAGGAUGCAGGAUGCAGGAUUCUCAAUCCACGACAGGGGAUGGCGAAUAGGAAGCAAAAUUAAAAACACAUAAUCCAAGUCAGAAACGAUGC